AUGGGAAAGAAGGCUGGCAAGAACGCUGAUGACGGCGCCGUUGUCCUUGCAUCCAAGAAGGGCCCAGACGGUGGCGUCCUCUUCUCCUCGUCGGAUGCAAUACUUAACGCUGUCGCUGAGCAAGUCAAGCUCACACACAUUACCAAGCCAUGGACACGCGAUGCCUGGGAACGUGCAAAGCCGUGGGUCCUCGAACAGCGGCAAAAGCUCGAAGGCAUGGGCUGGGCAAGCGCUGAUGUUGCUAGGACUGAGCUUUACGUUCUGAAGAAGAAUGCACCCCACGGUGCCGAUACGGACGAUGGAUUCCUCUACAUCCGGAUCCCGAAGAAGUUUAUCGACUUCAUGCGAUGCGCCAAGGGCGACGACCCAGCCGCUGAGGAUGAAGCUGCGGGCGAAGACGGCAAGAAGAAGAAGCGUGUCGUCAAGAAGAAGGAGAACGCACCGUCAUACGAGCUCUCCCACCCAGAGAUCUGGCGGAUCCGGAUCGAUGCCGACACUGAGACAUCUGACCGGGAAGCAAAUGUGCUGCUAGACGUUGCAGAGCCGCUUGAGAACAUCUUCUACCUCCUCCAGGUCCUCCAGCCUGGGUUGGCGCGGAUUCAUGCCAGUCGCAAGGAUGUGAUCCAGCCAGGGACCAUGCAGUCGGGCAUGCGUGACGACGCCGAGGCGCCGACGGUGCGCCACCGUGCGCAGGUCGCCGCGAGCGAGUCGUACAUGCGCACGCUCCCGCCCGCGUUCUGGCUUAAGCGCAACGAGGGCGAGCUGCGCAAGAUUCUCACUGAGAAGACAUUUGACGAGACGCUCAAGGCCGCCGAGGAGGGCCAAGCACGCGGCGCGACCGAGCGCACCGUCAAAGAUAUCAAGGAGAAGGUCUGGGAGGAGCAGCUCAAGAUGGACCAGCUCAGCGUCAAAGACAAGAAGAAAAAGGGCAGUGCAUCUGCUGAGAGCAAGGCGGCUGCAUAG